AUGUGUCAACAAUGUUUGACCUGUACUUUUGGAAGAAUCUGCGGAAGUAUUCCCCUUGACGACUAUGAUCAUCCAAGUGUUCGGACGCUAGUCGGAAAGCUUGGUCUUCCACUCCCAUUCAAACAAGUGCGUAUCGUGUCUAUGGAAUCUACAACACCUGUGCCAUCGUCGCUGCCCUCGGCUGCUUCAAGUGCAAGUUUAUCAAGUCGUCCUAGUGUGUCUGCUUCCAGGAAUCCCACCAGGGCUCCUGCCAUAUAUCCGACCACAGAGGACCCAACAUUUGUUCCCAGUCUACUUCCAACGUCUGCGGCUACUAUCAAUCUGACACCUGGUCCAACUCCUGCACCAACUCCGAGUCCAACUCCUGGUCCAACUCCUGCACCAACAUUUGUUCCAGUAACGGAUGCAACACCAUCACCGACAUCACUUCCGUCAGAACGCCCAACACAACGUCCAACAUGA